AUGUUGGCCGUUCAGAAUUCUUCUGUCAUCCAGUAUGUUUUCCAGUCAUCCAGUAUGUUUUCCAGUCAUCCAGUAUGUUUUCCAGCCAUCCAGUAUGCUUUCCAGUCAUUCAGUAUGCUUUCCAGUCAUCCAGUAUGUUUUCCAGUCAUCCAGUAUGUUUUCCAAUCGUCCAGUAUGUUUUCCAGUAAUCCAGCAUGUUUUCCAGUCAUCCUGUAUGUUUUCCAGUCAUCCGAAGAGUUUGCUACCGACUUAUGGCAACUAUCCAGUUGUGGUGUUACCUUGCGACUCUCGUCAGUGCUACAACAGCAGUUGUUCUGUAAGGCAAUUCCUGUAAGUGUGCACUAUGGCAUUACUGACACCAUGCCCAGGUUUGUGUCACCCAUCGAGAACGUGACGGUGUCUGUGGGGCGAGAGGCCAGACUCACCUGUGUCGUGGAAAACCUUCACAACUACCAGGUAGCGUGGAUUUACAAGGGCACUGGUGGCAGAACUGUACUGACGGUGGCAACUCAGGUGAUCACUAAGAACCCGAGAAUCUCCAGCACUCAGGAAGCACAAGCCUGGGUCCUAACCAUCACCAGCCUCACCAAGAAGGACCAGGGUAUCUACAUGUGUCAGGUCAACACCAAACCAGUACGCAAACAGAUGGGUUACCUUCAUGUUGUUGUGCCUCCAGUGAUCAAUGACAUGAGCAGCAGCAGUGACGUGACAGUGGACGAGGGCAGUGAAGCAGUGAUGAGAUGUGAAGCCAGCGGAGAUCCCCAGCCAAUCAUACGCUGGGUCAGGGAGGAUGGAAGUAGAUUCACCAUCAAUUCAUCUCUCACUGUGGAGGAGCAUGUGGGGGACACUCUGAGGCUGUGGUCAACCAGUCACUCUACCAGUGGAGCCUUCCUCUGUAUAGCAACCAACGGGGUUCCUCCCUCUGUCAGUAAGAGGAUCCUACUUACUGUAAAUUUUGCUCCAAGGAUCGUUGAUGAGGGUGACAGCAGCAGACGUGUGGGUGUACCCAUUGAUGGUGUAGCAACACUCGCCUGCAGCUUCCAUGCCCGCCCGCUGCCCGAGGUCCUCUGGUACCGUGGAACACAUCAGGUAAUGGUACACAAGAGAGGCGCCAUCAUUCACACUGCCAAUGACCAGAGGAUCCUCGCAAGUGAGAAGGUUGCCAUUGGAACUGUCAUCUGCCUGUGGAGGCUUUGGGCUCCUCUCUGCUGGGGGCAUAUGUGA